CAAAAGCAACAGCCAUGGAUGGGGAACUCAAGAGCUUCAUCAAAGUCUCCCUCACAAUCAUGGUGUCGCUAUUAUACUCUUAUUUCAUAGCUUCAAAGAUUCCCAAAGGCAAAUUCAGGCUCUUCUCUCUCUUCCCUGUUUUCUUUCUCUUCGCCCUUCUUCCCCCCUCUCUCUCCUCCAUCUUCCUCACCGGCACGGUCGCCUUCUUCAUCACUUGGCUCACAACCUUUAAACUUUUUCUAUUUUCAUUCAAUUUGGGCCCUCUUGUUUCCGACCCACCAUUGACAUUCCCUCUCUUUGCCUCAGUUGCCUGUCUUCCAAUCAAAAUCAAGCCAAAAGAAACAGACCAAGAUUAUAAAUAUCUCAAAAAAUAUUCAAAUCCCAAGUUGGGUCUAAAUUUGCCCGCCAAAAUCUUGCUCUUCGCCAUCUUGAUCGCCAUCGACGACCGCAUUGACCGGCUACGGCCAAAUGCAAAGCUCUGCGUCUACUGUGCAACACUAUAUCUCUUUCUCGACGUUCUUCUAGGUGUGUCGAGUGCUUUUGUUCGAUUGGCAUUCGACAACGUUGUGCUCGAACCAUCAUCGAAUGAGCCUUACUUGGCGACAUCGCUCCAAGAUUUUUGGGGGAGGAGGUGGAAUUUGUUGGUGUCGAAUACUCUGCGCUACGGCAUUUACAGGCCAGUUCGAGCUGCAGUGGAGGGUGUAGUGGGGAAGCGGUUGGCGGCAGGAACGGGGGUGAUGGCGGUGUUUGUCGCGUCGGGAGUGAUGCAUGAGCAAUUGGUGUACUACAUUACUAGAGAAGUUCCCACUUGGGAAGUCACAUGGUUCUUUGUUCUUCAGGGGGUGUCUGUGGUGGUGGAAUCUGAGUUGAAGGCGGUUGUGGGACGAUGGUGGCGGCCGCCUGCGGUGGUGGCAUGGCUAUUAACGCUGACUUUUUUGGUCGUAACCGCUGCAUGGUUGUUCUUUCCACCACUAUUGAGGGCUGGUAUUUUUGCUGGACUUCUUAGAGAAUUAAAGAUGGUGGAAGAGUUUGCAUGGAAACUCGUUUUACGUUUAUUUUAGAAAGGACUAGACUAAAAGAGCUUAAGAUCAAGUUGGUAACUAUGAAAAUUGGAACUUGAACGAUUAAAUGUGGUUUAAAUUGUUCGUUGUCGUGGAAAAUUUAUCUCCAAACUUAUGAAUGUUCAUCAACAGUCUAGUUAAAAUUUUUAAGUUUUGAGUUAUUUAGUUGGG